UUCCACAGUAUUUGAAUUCACUUAUUUCCGCCUUUCGAUGUCGCUCGAUGAGAUCUCCGAUCCUUAUUGCGUUUUCAAAUUCGUUCCCUCCACUUCUAAUUUUAUUUCUAUCUAUAUUGGUUAUUCCUCCUGGUUUCACUCUGCUACUCUGCUUUCUCACCUCAUCGUCUCUCCUCCGCACGCCGAGAAACCCUAAUAAAUCUCUACGCAUUUAAAACAGGAUAAUAUGAGCGCAUCCUUUCCUCCAAUGUCGGGGAAGGAGCUAGCUAACCCUCCUGAUGAUGGCAUUUCCAACCUUCGUUUCUCCAAUCACAGCGACCAUCUCCUCGUUUCGUCAUGGGACAAGACCGUUCGGUUGUACGAUGCGGGCGCAAAUGUCUUGAGGGGAGAGUUCAAGCAUGGGGGUCCUGUAUUGGAUUGUUGCUUUCAUGACGAUUCCUCCGGCUUUAGCGUCAGUGCAGAUUGCACUGUCAGGCGGUAUGUUUUCAGCUCUGGCAAAGAGGAUAUUUUGGGAAGGCAUGAUGCACCUGUGCGUUGUGUGGAGUACUCUUAUGCAGCAGGACAAGUCAUCACUGGUAGUUGGGAUAAGACAUUGAAAUGUUGGGAUCCAAGAGGUGCGAGUGGGCAGGAACGUACUCUCGUUGGGAUAUACCCCCAGCCUGAGCGUGUAUAUUCCCUUUCCCUUGUUGGCAAUCGUUUGGUGGUAGCAACUGCAGGAAGACAUGUAAAUGUCUAUGACCUGCGGAAUAUGUCUCAACCAGAGCAAAGGAGGGAGUCUUCAUUGAAGUAUCAAACUAGAUGUGUACGUUGUUAUCCCAAUGGAACAGGUUUUGCUCUUAGUUCUGUGGAAGGUCGGGUUGCAAUGGAAUUCUUUGAUCUUUCUGAGGCUGGUCAAUUGAAGAAAUAUGCUUUCAAGUGCCAUCGAAAAUCAGAGGCUGGAAGAGACAUGGUGUAUCCUGUCAAUGCCAUUGCAUUCCAUCCAAUCUAUGGUACUUUUGCCACUGGUGGUUGUGAUGGGUAUGUAAAUGUGUGGGAUGGCAACAACAAGAAGAGACUAUAUCAGUACUCAAAAUAUCCUACAAGCAUUGCAGCAUUAUCCUUCAGCAGAGAUGGUCGUUUAUUAGCUGUGGCCUCUAGUUACACAUUUGAAGAGGGAGAUAUUCCUCAUGAACCAGAUGCCAUCUUCGUGCGUAGUGUAAAUGAAGUUGAGGUUAAACCAAAGCCAAAAAUGUAUCCUGCUCCUGUGUAACCCGGGUUGUAGCGACAGGUUCCUUCUGUUCAAUAUUGUCUAUUGAACAUCUUUAUCCAUAACCUUUACUGCAUAAUUGAUGUAUGGCUUUUCCUUGCUAGCAAAAGGCACUGGAGGCAUGAGUAUCAAAUUUCUGUUCCAGGUCAGUUUUCUUUCUUUGUUUUGCCUUCCAACCAUGACCAGACUUGUAGAUGAAUUGACUAAUGUACCUUCAGUAGGCAAAUCAGAGCUUUAUUGUAACCUUAUACAGCCUCUACCCUCCGUCAGGCAAAGGACAAGGUGUUCAAUUCUUCCGACCAUUAUUAUAUCUCAUAUACUGAUGUGGGUAUUGGAUUUCUACAGUGUGAACAUGUGGCUGCUUAAAAUGUGAUUUAAUUAUUUCAUUUGGAAGAUCUUGUCCUCAUUUUAGGAAACAAAGUUGGUUGGAGAUAUAUCUUCGCUCUAUGUACGGGCUGAUUUUGGCUAUGUAGAUUCUUCAGAGUUUAGUCUUGCAAUUAUUUCUGGCUUACCUGGUCUUUUUCUA